AUGCGAGAAGGGGAGACUCUGAAGACAUACUCGGACAGAUACUGGGAGAUGUUCAAUGAAAUAGAUGGUGACUUUGAUGAUGUGGCCAUCAAUACUUUCAAGGUCGGCCUCCCAACCGAGCACAGUUUAAGGAAAUCUCUGAUCAACAAACCUAUCACCAAUGUGCGCCAACUCAUGAACUGGAUUGAUAAGUAUAAGAGGAUUAGGGGGUAUGACGUGAAGAAGGUGAUGGUGGGCCAAGGCAGUGGUGCUGAGAUUAUGUACCUCGACUUGUACAAGGGACUGAACUUGAGACCCAAAGACUUAACAGCCUACGAUUCUCCUUUGGUGAGUUUUGAUGGGAAGGAUUUCAUUCCGAGGGGUCAGAUUAGACUACCCAUGCAGGUUGGUUCAGAAGUGGUGGAGGUGGACUUCAUCGUGGUGGACGCUUAUUCCCCUUACACGGCCAUUAUGGCCAGGCCUUGGCUUUAUGCUCUAAGAGCCGUCUCUUCUACUCUGCACCAAAAGGUGAAAUAUUUGGCAAAUGGCCAAAUUAACGAGAUUGUUGGGAGUCAAUCCACGGCUAGGCAGUGCCUAGUGGCUGCCAUCCUACAUCAGCUCGAAGCUGAGUCCUCAGCCUCUGCUGAAAGGGGCUUAUAG